AUGGCCGGGUUAAAAAGUAUUAAUCAACCUGUUAAUUUUAAAUUUCCUAAGCGUUCUUUCGGCAAGAAGAAUCCAGAACUGCGUUCAUUCAACCCCACUUGGUUUAAACAAUACGCAUGGUUACAUUAUGACGAAGCAAAAGAUCUGGCUUUCUGUUUCACCUGCAUGGUUGCUGCAAAAGAGGGCAAGAUUUCCAACUUCAAGGCCGACGGCAGUUUUAUUUCCACGGGAUUCUGUAAUUGGAAGGAUGCCACUUCUAAAUUCCGGAAACAUCAAGAUUCCGACUGCCAUAAAGAAGCCGUGGAGAGAAAAGUGAAACUACCACGAGAAACAAAAGACAUUGGUGAAGUUCUCUCAGCCGCCCACUCAGAGGAGAAAGCACACAACAGACAGCAGCUGCUUACCAUUCUUCGCAACAUCAGGUUUCUUGUUAGACAGGGAUUACCACUCCGUGGCCAUGACAAUGAUCAAAGCAACUUUCUACAGCUUCUGAAGCUCCAUGGUGAAUCGGAUCCAUCAAUCCUCAAGUGGCUGGAAAGGAAACAAGACAAAUUUACAUCAGCAGAUAUCCAGAACGAGAUGCUACAAGUGAUGGCCUUAAAGAUACUGCGUGACGUCGCUUCUAACAUCAGGGAGAACGGCUAUUUCUCCAUCAUGGUAGAUGAGACAACAGACCAGUCAAAUCAUGAACAAGUUGUGAUUGUGAUUCGUCAUGUUGACAGUAACCUGGAUGUGCACGAAGAGUUUAUCGGACUGUGUAUGGUGCCAUCUAUCGAUGCUGCAACACUAACUAAUGUGAUUCUGGAUGCAUUGGUGAGGAUGAACAUUUCCUUGAGUAAGUGCCGUGGACAGUGCUAUGAUGGAGCCAGCAAUAUGUCCGGAGCCAAAAAGGGUGUGGCUGCUAACAUCACCAGCAAAGAGACGAGGGCUAUCUACACGCACUGUUAUGGACAUGCACUCAACUUGGCAGUUGGUGAUACAGUGAAAAAAUCAAAGGUGAUGCGUGAUUCCUUGGAUACUGUGUUUGAAAUGUCCAAACUUGUAAAGUAUUCGCCCAGGAGGGAUACCAUAUUGGAACAGCUAAAGCGUGAGAUGGCACCUGAUACGCCGGGAUUCCGUGUGCUAUGCCCUACUCGAUGGACUGUUAGAGCUGCCAGUUUGAACAGCGUUCUGGAAAACUACUCUGUCCUUCAGUCCUUGUGGGAGACCUGCUAUGAGUGCACAAAGGAUCCAGAAGCCCGUUCCAGGAUCAUCGGCGUAAAAACUCAGAUGCAAAGUUUUGACUUUCUCUUUGUAGUGUCCCUUGGAUACGAGAUUCUACGUCACACAGACAAUCUUAGCCGAACACUUCAGAAGAAAGACCUGUCAGCUGCCGAGGGCCAACACUUGACAGACCUUUCCCUGACGUCACUAAGUGCAAUGCGAAAGGAAGAGUCCUUCGACUCAUUCUGGGAAUCACUUAACGGAAAACUUAAUGAACUGGACGUCAGUGAGCCCACAUUGCCACGGCGAAGAAAAAUGCCCAAGCGAUAUGAAACCGGAAAGGCCCCUCCAGAAUUCACCACAUCAGAGAAAGACCUCUACAGACAACAGUACUUCGAAGCUCUGGAUCUUGUGGUGAACUGUGUCAAAGACCGUUUUGAUCAGCCAGGCUAUCAAGUGUAUCGCCAUCUAGAGGACGUUCUUCUGAAGUCUGUGCGUGGCGACAAGACAUACAAAGAAGAUUUGGACUUUGUCUUAAAGUUCUAUGGAGAUGAUCUGGACAAGACCUCUCUUUCUUCACAGCUGGAUACAUUUACAACGCUCGCACGAAACAACUUAAAUGAUUCCUCAACUGUGUCCGUUUCCUUUUUGGUGACCUUAGUGUCUCAGAUGUCUCCAGCUUCCAGAUGCCUAUUCUCCGAGAUUGUGACUCUACUGAGACUUAUUUUAGUGAUGCCAGCCACUAACGCUACCAGUGAGCGAACAUUUUCUGCUUUGCGUCGAGUAAAGACUUAUCUUCGUGCCACUAUGUCCCAGGAAAGGCUGAAUCAUUUGAUGAUCCUGCACACGCACAGGGAGGCUACAGAUGCAUUGAACAUUUUGGCAGUUGCUAACGACUUUGUGUCAGCACGGGAUGGACGGAGCUUCAUUUUUGGACGCUUUUAA